CGGUCAUUGACUCCAAAAAACAAGAUUUCGCUUUUUUGCCACUUUUUUGAGUUUACAUUCCUACAAAUUAUUUUCAUGCUAUGCUAUAAAUUAAUAAAACAUUAUCCCUACUUUCAGUAACCACAAAAAAUACUGUGAUACUAUUCAAGCCGUAGCAGGCAUCGUAGCGUGUCGUACUUGUGUUUCCCACUGAUUAAAACGAAUUUCAAGAUAUCCUUGCUUAUCAGCGUGAGCUAACACUGCCGUCCCCACUAUCCGCAACACCAUAAAAUCAAAUCGAGUGUCGUGACAUCAGCACUCGCCGUCGACAGUUCAAACGCUACGCGGCACGAAAACUUUUAUAUCGUUCAUAAAUUAAGAUUUAAUUUUACAAUCGUGUUUAUCACCGGGAAGAGAUUAUCGGAUUAACGACUCGUGAUCGCCAGCGUGAUUAUUAGUUGUAGUACUCGUGUGUAACAGUGACACUAGCAACCAUGGUGAUCGAGAAGAUAUGCUGUUUAGGCGCCGGAUACGUGGGAGGACCGACCUGCAGCGUCAUAGCGCUGAAGUGUCCCGACAUCAGGGUGACUGUCUGUGACAUGAGCGUGGAGAGGAUCAACCAGUGGAACUCGGAAAAACUGCCCAUCUACGAACCAGGGCUUGAUGAAGUCGUCCAGAAGUGCCGCGGCAAAAACCUCUUCUUCUCCACCGACAUCGCUAAGGGCAUACGAGAGGCCGACCUCAUAUUCAUCUCAGUCAACACGCCAACGAAACUGUAUGGUAACGGCAAAGGCAGGGCCGCAGACUUGAAGUACAUUGAGGGAGCUGCACGCAUGAUAGCUGAACUGGCCACAAGCAAUAAGAUUGUGGUGGAAAAGAGCACUGUUCCUGUGAAAGCCGCUGAGAUUAUCAUGAAAAUCCUACGAGCUAACACUAAGCCUGGAGUCGAGUAUCAGAUUUUGUCAAACCCUGAGUUUCUGGCUGAAGGCAGUGCCAUUGUGGAUCUGUUGGAAGCUGACCGGGUGCUGAUCGGUGGUGAAGACACUGCUGAAGGUCACGAGGCAGUGAAGAAGCUGUGUUGGGUGUAUGAACACUGGAUAGACACCAAGAACAUUCUUACCACCAACACUUGGAGCUCAGAGCUCUCUAAGCUGGCAGCGAAUGCAUUUUUAGCCCAAAGGAUCUCCAGUAUAAACUCCCUCUCUGCGGUGUGUGAAGCCACAGGAGCAGACGUGUCUGAAGUGGCCCGAGCCGUAGGCAAAGACUCCCGUAUUGGACCCAAAUUCUUAGAAGCCUCAAUUGGAUUCGGUGGGAGCUGCUUCCAAAAGGACAUCCUAAACCUGAUUUACCUGUGUGAAUGCUUGAACCUACCUGAAGUGGCUGCAUACUGGCAACAAGUCAUAGAUCUAAAUGAUUACCAGAAGACCAGGUUCACACGUAAAGUCAUAGAGUCUCUGUUCAAUACAAUAACAGACAAGAAAAUAGCUAUACUCGGGUUUUCAUUUAAGAAAAAUACUGGUGACACAAGAGAAUCACCAGCUAUCCAUGUGGCCAAAACAUUGUUGGAAGAAGGUGCCAAGCUACACAUCUACGACCCUAAAGUGGAACACGACCAAAUAUUCUUCGAGCUAACUCAUCCAAGUAUCACCUCUGAACCGGAAUUAUUCCGCAAAAACAUCCAGAUCCACAACACAGCAUACUCAGCCAUAGCAGGAACACAUGCAAUAGUUCUAUGUACAGAGUGGGACGAAUUCAAAGAGUUGGACUAUAAGAAAAUAUAUGAUGUUAUGAUGAAACCAGCCUACAUCUUUGAUGGCCGCAAGAUCCUGGACCAUGAUUCUCUGGUGAACAUGGGCUUCCAUGUCCAGACAAUUGGCAAGAGGCUGUCAAGGACCAACAGUUUAAGAGCACAAGGCAGUCAAGCACAACCCUAGAAUAAUAGAUAUAUAAUGUUAAGUAAAACGCCGCAGGAGUCACAAUCAUGGAAACAAGAGUAUUAUACUUAUUACUUACCUACCUUUAAUGUAUUGUUAGGUAUACUUAUUAUAAGAGCAAAAAGGUUCAGAUUUUUC